CCAAGCGGCGUGACCCCUCACUGUCUUCAAUGUUCCUCCUCUUCCUUCCUGCUCUACUCCAGGCACAGUCAGUCACAGCGUCCUCAUCCUCGAUGCCAACACCAAUCAGUAAGGCUUGUUACCAGCAGUUAGAGAAAUUGGAGAACUUCUCGCCAGAGCCAUUUCCAAACCUGGUCACUUGGGAGAGGGGCAACGCUUUGUUAGCUGUGUGUCUGGAUGGAUCCACUAGAUGGCGCUAGCUCUCUGUUUAGCAAGUGUGCAGUCCACAGAUGUUACCAGAUGUUCCCGGGAGACAACUGCUGUGGCUGAGAAGGGGGAAACCAGUUUUUCUAUUUCUUUCUUUCCUUCUUUCUUUCCUUCCUUCUUUCUUUCUUUCUUUCUUUCUUUCUUUCUUUCUCUCUUUCUUUCUUUCUCUCCUUCUUUCUCUCUUUCUUCCUCUCUCUCUCUCUCCCUUCCUGUCUUUCUUUCUUUUCCUUCCUUCUUUUCCUCUCUCCCUCUUUCCUUCCUUCCUUUCUUUUUAAAUUCAAUGUAUAUGGGUAUUUUGGCUGCAAGAAGGGAGAUGCUCCUUGAGAAGUGAACAGGCUAAACCAGAGGCGUCUUGGGAAAAAUACUGAAAUGCCCAUUACCUUUGGGGUUUUUAUUUGUCUGUUUGUCUGUUUUGGAAGAUAAUUUUGUAAUUAUAUUUAUGUACAGAAAACUUAGCGUACAUUUAACCCAGUUUAGUGGCGAGUUCUUUAGCCUUUGCCUUUUCCAGCUUGGCAAUGUGAGCCACAGGCUUAGGACCCAGGACGUUGCCUCCCCAGUGGCGGCGGAUCUCGUCAUAUCUGUCAUUAUAAUUGGUCCUAAUAGCUUCCACCAGCUUAGCCAGAGCACCCUUGUCUUCCAAGUUAACCUGUGUGAAGGCAACAGUGGUGCACAUCUUCCUGUGGACCAGACACCCCAGCCAGGCCUUUCCCUUGAUGAUGCAGUAGGGCACCCCCAUCUUUCGACACAGGGCAGGCAGGAAAACCACCAGCUCAAUGGGCAAUCACCAUCAGCUGAGCCUUCCUGUUCUCCACCAAGGUGGUGGCUGUAUUGACCCCUGCUCGGAGGACAGGUGGUCUCUUAGUUGGGAUGUCCACUUUGCUAGCAGCUUUCUUCUCAGCAUGGGCCAGGAGCCUUGUUUCUUCUCCUGCUUUGUCUCUGGCCUGUACUUGUGGGCAAGCUUAAGCAGCUGAGUUGCUGUUUGCCUGUCCAGGGCCUACGGGAACUGGUUAAUGGCAGGGGGUACCAUGAGCUGCUUAUAGAGGAUGGCUGUUUGUUGCUGCAGCCUGGUGUAGCCAGGCUGUUGGUGAAGUGUAUGAGAUCUCUUUUGGGCUGGGUAUCCUGCCCAAUGCCAAAGUUCUUGGGCCUUUCUCAAACAAAGAAUUGACCAAAAUUUUGGCCUCCUGUUUCUUCACGAUGGCAGGGGUGGGGCCACCUUCUUCCCCUUGGCCUUCUUUCCUUUGGGCAUCUUGCUUGGCUGGAGGAGAGAGCUGUUUGCUUGUUUGUUUGUCUAAAAAUAAAGUUGUUGAACUUUGGGGGAUUACUUGAGGGCUGUGUGCAUACACUAAAGAUUGCCAAGGGAUGUUCUGAUGGAAGCCACUGGCCUACCCUUUCUCCCUCUGCCCCAUCCCCUCACACUUGAGCUGUUCUGGUCUUGCCCAGGCCCCCAGCCUCCUCCUUGCUCGCCACCCUCACUGUGACUCCUCUAACACCAGCUAUAUUCUCAGCUACUCUCUAAGCCUUUACUCAUGCUACAGCUGCAGUUACCCAGAGCUUGCUGUUCAUGGACAACCAAACCCUGACACAAAGACCAGAAAGAUGGCUCAGAGGGUGAAGUGCCCGCUGUGUAUGAGGACCUGAGUUCAGAUCUCCAGCACCCAUGUUAAAAAGUCAGGGACCAGUGUUGUUCGAAGAUGUGUUUGUGGCCUUCACUCAGAAAGAGUGGCAGUUGCUGGAUGCUGCCCAGAGGCACCUGUACAGGGAGGUGAUGCUGGAGACCUACAGGCACCUACAAGCAGUGGGGCACAGUAUAACCAAACCUGAGCUGAUAUGCAAGUUGGAGCACGGAGAAGGUCCUUGGGACCCGCCAGGCCAUGGCCUCUCAGAAGCCCAGAGGGUCGAUACCAUGACAACAAAUGGAGAAAACGGAGGCAGAUAUUUGAGUCGAGUGUUUGUCAGCAGUGAAACACUGACGAAGAGAAGAAGCCAGGCUCUAAGAGAAAUAGUUCAUCUGGCCACAAGCUCAGAGGCCUCGAGAGAAAUACAUCAGAAGUGUCACUCGAUGGACGCAAACUUGGAAAAUAUCACAGGAUUAGCUACUGGUAACAGAAACUCCGCAUCAAAAAAGUUGGGUGGCUUAGGUGGGUCUGGGUCCCUUGAUACUGAGUAUGAAAAAGCUCACAUAGGAUGCAAAAUCUGUGAACAUGAUCAAAAGAAGAAACCUCACAGUCCUAUGAAGGGCCCUGCUCAACAGCAGAAGACAUUGCAUUUGGAACGACUUCUUGAAUAUAAAGAUUGUGGGAAGGCCACACACAGAAAGGCAGCCUCCGUUAUACACCAGACGGUUCACUCUGGACAGGAUCCCUCUCAGGACAGCAAAUACAUGCAAGCCACUGCCCACAAGAUAAGGUUCCAGUCUUUUCUAAGAACCCUGAGGGAAAGGAAGGCUCAAGAGGCCAGCAAACAUGGAAAACCGUCAUGUGUGAAGUCAAAUCAUGAACAUCCAGGAACUCAUGUGAGGGAGAAACUCUGUGAGUGUGAUGUUCUUGUGAACCCCUUUAAUGAGAAAUCGGAUCUUAGCAGAGGUCAGAGAAGGCAGCCAGGAGGAGAACGUGGUGAACAUAGUGUCAGUGAGAACACUAUAAGAAGCUCACCUCACCUCCAAAAUGAGAAACUUCAUGUAAGAGAGAUCUGUGGCCAUGGGAACUGUGGGGAUACCCUUCGUGGGAAGCCGUGCCUUACUCAGAACCAGAGAACUUGCACAGCAGAAAAACCCAGGUGUGCGGACAACCGAAGAGCCUUAAAGACGUCGAGUCUGAGCCUACAUCAGAGAAUCAGCACAAGAGAGAAAAACCCCAAAGGGGUUGAGUGCGAGAAGUCAUCGGGCCUCUCUCUCAAGGAAUCAAGAAGCACUCAACAUGGGAGAUGGUCCUUGGAGGAGAAACCAGAGUGUGAGGGAAAUGAGAAGCUGGACCAUAAUAAAAAUCAGAGCAUUUGGAAAGAACAGAAAGCCCAGGAGUGCAGCAAGUGUGAGGAAAGUUGCUCUAGGACCGCAGGCCCUCCUCAGCACCAGAGCUCAAACACGGGGAGGAAACCCUACGCAUGCAAUGAAUGUGACCGGUCCUUCAUGGUGAAGUCGAACCUCACGGAACACCAGAGAACUCACACAGGAGAGAAACCCUACGAAUGUAAAGAGUGUGGAAAGUCAUUUUGCCAAAAGUACGCCCUCACGGUCCACCAGAGAACUCACACGGGAGAGAAACCAUAUAAAUGCAGUGAAUGUGGGAAAACCUUCUGUGUGAAAUCCAACCUUACACAGCACCAAAGGACUCACACGGGAGAGAAGCCGUACAAAUGCAGCGCGUGCUGGAGAUCGUUCUGUGUCAAGUCCAACCUCGUCGUGCACCAGAGAACUCACACAGGAGAGAAACCCUACGAAUGUCUCGAGUGCGGGAAGACCUUCUAUGAGAAGUCCGCCCUCACAAAACACCGGCGGAUUCACACGGGGGAAAAACCUUACGAAUGUGAAGAAUGCAAAAAGAGUUUCAGCCAGAGGUCGGCCCUUACCAAGCAUCAAAGGAAAACACACAGGAAGAAGACACCCACCAGUAGCCUUCACGGGCAGAAAUCCGAAUCAACCAGAGAAGCUCACUGAGCAGCGACAAAAUGCGAGCGCAAGAUGCUGCCAUGGCAACACGUGUCGGACAGAACUCCACUAACCGGUUAUAAGUGAUGGAUACUAGAGAAUUAAUGUAGGACUGAAAACAUAAAAAAUACUUCCAGGGGGCUGGAGAGAUGGCUCAGUGGUUAAGAGCACCGACUGCUCUUCCAGAGGUCCUGAGUUCAAAUCCCAGCAACCACAUGGUGGCUCACAGCCAUCUGGAAUGAGAUCUGAUGCCCUCUUCUGGUGUGUCUGAAGACAGCUACAGUGUACUUAAAUAUAAUAAAUAAAUAAACUUAAAAAAAAUACUUCCAACAUGUGAAUACUUUCAACAGGUCUCCAACGCUGUGGAAGGAGAAAGAUAUGAUUUCCGUGGAUGCGGAGAAAAAUGUCCUUGUGGAAAUAUUGUCUAACUAGAAGUUAUAUUUCAGACGUGAUACAGAACUCAUUACAGGCGAGAUAACAGAACACCAUCUGCUCUUCAGGCGAGACGAAGCAAGGCUCCAUCAUAACCAUGAUAAGGGAGGGUUUACUGAUUCAGUCGGAACAAACAAGACAUCUAUCGCCGACCCAGCCUCAUUCUCAUCGUGUUCCCUCCAUUUCCUUCCUAGUUUAUUCUUUUCGACAAUAAAAAGGACACUGACAGAGAUAAAGGAACAAGAGUGGAAAAGACCAAAAGCAAAGUACAGGAAUCUAAGCCCUGGAUGUGAAAAGAUGCCAGGAAUGGCUUAAAACAACAGCUCAAUGGGGUUGGGGAUUUAGCUAAGUGGUAGAGCACUUGCCUAGGAAGCGCAAGGCCCUGGGUUCGGUCCCCAACUCCGGGGGGAAAAAAAAAGAACAAAAAACAACAGCUCAAACAAGAAUCUAUGUGAUGGGGGCUGGGGAUUUAGCUCAGUGGUAGAGCACUUGCCUAGCAAACGCAAGGCCCUGGGUUCGGUCCCCAGCUCCGAAAAAAAGAAAAAGAAAAAAAAAUCUAUGUGAUGUGCAUAUGUGCGCAUGUGUGCACAUGUGCUAUAGUGACGAGUUAAAAACUAUGGCCAGGGGUCAGUGGAAGCUCUUGUUUCACAAGCCUCAUGACCUCAGAUUGACCGGAACCCAUGUUAAGGUGGAAUGAGAACACUCACUCCACACAUUUGUUCUCUGAGCCCAAACAUGCAACAUGUGCGUGUGCAUGCGCACACACACACACAUACACACACACUAAUAAUAAUAAGUAAAAUUAAAAAUUUAAACAAAAACCCUAGAUCUAACAACACCAGGUCAUUUGUAAGAAGAAGAAGAAAAAGAGAAGGAAAAGAAGAAAUUUAAAGUCAGU